GAUCUAAGUUUAGGAAUGACAGUAAGAAUGGAGGGCUGGAUAAUUAGUUGCUUCCUUUUGCUUGCUUUUUUCUCUGGUUCUUCUUCUGGAUCAUCAUCACUUGCUGUAGUCUCCAAUAGAGAAGAAGAAGAUUAUGUAUCUGCAGUUGGUGAUCCUGGAAUGAGAAGAGAUGAUCUAAGGGUUGCAAUUGAGGCUUGGAAUCAGUGCAAUGAGGUUGGACAUGAAGCUCCCUUCAUGGGUAGCCCCAGAGCUGCUGAUUGCUUCGACAUUGACUAUUCUACAUUCCCAGAUGUCAGGUUAAUACACAAGGUGGAUGAGAUAGACAACAGGUUAGGUGUGAAUAACUCUGUUUUUGGUAGAUUAGUACACAAUGUAGACCAUUUUGCAGCCAAGAAAGAGAUCUACUUGGGUCACAAAUGCCAGGUAUGGGAUGUACCAAGGCCAUGGCAGUUUUGGAUGAUCAUGCUCAAGAGUGGCAACAUGGAUACACUUGCGGCGGUGUGCCCAGAGAAUGGGAAGAAAUCAAAACCUUUUCCACCUGAAUCAAGGUUCCCAUGCUCUGGCAAAGGUUGCAUGAACAUGCCAUUGAUAUACCACAACUACACAAGCUUACAUCAAGGAAGAAAGGGGAUUACUACCCUAAGAGGUAGUUUCUAUGGGACUUGGGACUUAGAUGCCAAUGUUAAGAAUGGGCCAAUUUCAAAUACCUCUUACUUCAAAGUGACUUGGGUGAAGAAGCCUGGGAAGGGUAGUUGGAAGUUCCAUAAUGUGUUGAGGACAAAUCAUAAGUAUCCAUGGCUUAUGCUCUACUUAAGAUCAGAUGCAACCACAGGAUUUUCUGGUGGAUAUCAUUACCAAACAAGGGGAAUGUCAAAAAUUAUUCCAAAGUCACCCAAUUUCAAAGUGAAGUUCACUCUAGACAUAAAGAAAGGUGGAGGCCCAAGUAGCCAAUUCUAUCUCAUGGACAUUGGAAGUUGUUGGAAGAAUGAUGGAAGUCCUUGUGAUGGCAAUGUAACAACUGAUGUAACAAGAUACAGUGAGAUGAUAAUCAAUCCCAGCGCCGAAGCAUGGUGUCGCCCUGAUGACCUUAGACUCUGUCCACCUUAUCAUACAUUUUCUAAUGGCACCAGAAUCCAUCGCGCAGACAAGAAGAACUUCCCUUAUGAGGCUUACCAUGUGUAUUGCUCUCCAGGGAAUGCAGAACAUAUAGAGGAACCAUUUAACUAUUGUGAUCCAUAUAGCAAUCCUCAACCCCAGGAGAUACUGCAAAUAUUACCACAUCCAGUCUGGGGAGAAUAUGGGUACCCAACAAAGAAAGGUGAGGGAUGGAUUGGUGAUUCCAGGACUUGGCAGCUGGAUGUAGGGAGGUUGUCUCAGUCACUGUAUUUCUACCAGGACCCAGGAACUAAGCCAGUAGAGAGAACUUGGCCAUCCAUCAAUUUGGGUACUGAGAUAUAUAUAAGCAAGACAGAUGAAGUUGCAGAGUGGAUUGUUAGUGACUUCGACAUUAUUGUUCCAAAUGGGAAUGUAUAAUUAAUCAUGAAUUAACAAAGCCUAAUACACCAU